AUCAAGCUUUGCUAUUGUUAUUUCCAAAGAGCAUUUUGGUUCCAAAUCCCCGAAUCUACCCUCUCUCUCUCACCAAAUCCUGUCUCUGUGGCCACAAACCCCUCUCCCGAUUUCCUCUCUCUAAAGCCUCUAGCCUCGCUCUCUCUCUCUGAGCCACAAUCUCAAACCUUCACAGUUCACACUCACCUAUUCUGUCCUUCUUCUCUGUGCUGUGCUUUCUGCCACUCCCUGUGUGUGUGUGUCUCACUUGUCUUAUUAUAUGGUGCGGAGAAAACCCAUGUGGUUUUAUAUGACAAAGACCACCAUGGAUUAGUGGAUUAUUAUCAUUAUCUUCUCCUGCGCAAAAAAACAAACAGCUACCAUGCAACACGGAGGUUCCACCGUGUCCCAAGAAACCAGUGGCGUUUUCGAUCUCGUAUCUCAAUUGGGUCGCUUUGCCUUCAACACGAGACUGCAAAACUCGGCCUCAGAUGGGUGCUCUUCCUUGCUCUCCAAUUUUCUCUACUACGACCCUGUUGGUGGUUCAAUCGGUGCAAGAAAGCGCGGCGGGCGUGUCUCGCUGAGUUUGGGCGGUAGAGGCGCUUCGGGCAUUCGGAGAAUUUUGAAUGACUUCAAUAGGGCCAUUAAGUUUCAUUGUGAGAGACUCCCAAUUGGGUUCGCCUCGGUUCGGUUCGGCUCGGGGGACAACAAUGGGGUUAGAGAAGAUGGGUCUGUUGUGUUGGAGGACGAUGGCUUGGCCUUGAACGGUGUGGAGGCUGAGAGCCCCAAAAAAGUUUUGAUUUUGAUGAGUGACACCGGUGGGGGCCACCGGGCUUCGGCCGAGGCUAUAAAGGCCGCGUUUCAUGAGGAAUUUGGGGAUGAUUAUCAGGUGUUUGUUACUGAUUUAUGGACGGAUCAUACUCCUUGGCCAUUUAAUCAACUUCCUAGGAGCUAUAACUUCUUGGUGAAACACGGCACUUUAUGGAAAAUGACAUAUUAUGCAAGUGCUCCACGCGUGGUGCAUCAAUCUAAUUUUGCUGCAACUUCAACGUUUAUAGCUCGAGAGGUUGCCAAAGGACUGAUGAAAUACCAACCAGAUAUUAUCAUCAGUGUACAUCCGCUGAUGCAACAUGUUCCACUUCGCAUCUUGAGAUCAAAAGGUCUCUUGAAGAAGAUUGUCUUCACCACGGUAGUCACAGAUCUAAGCACAUGCCAUCCUACAUGGUUUCAUAAACUAGUAACAAGAUGCUAUUGCCCAUCAGCAGAGGUAGCAAAAAGGGCCUUAAAAGCUGGACUCCAGACUUCCCAAAUUAAGGUUUAUGGGCUACCUGUGCGACCUUCCUUUGUUAAGACUGUUCGGCCAAAGUUUGAACUAAGGAGAGAACUAGGAAUGGAUGAGAAUCUUCCUGCCGUGUUGCUGAUGGGAGGAGGAGAAGGGAUGGGUCCCAUUGAGGCUACCGCUCGAGCACUUGGGGAUGCAUUAUAUGAUGAGAAUCUCGGGGAGCCUGUAGGUCAGGUCCUUGUGAUAUGCGGCCGUAACAAAAAGCUCGCCAGCAAAUUGCUUUCAAUAGAUUGGAAGGUUCCUGUCCAGGUGAAGGGGUUUGUCACCAAAAUGGAGGAAUGCAUGGGAGCUUGUGAUUGCAUCAUCACGAAGGCGGGCCCUGGGACUAUUGCAGAAGCCAUGAUUCGAGGCCUCCCUAUUAUUCUGAAUGAUUACAUUGCCGGCCAGGAGGUUGGGAACGUGCCAUAUGUGGUUGAAAAUGGAUGUGGGAAAUACUCAAAAUCGCCAAAAGAAAUAGCAAAAAUUGUAUCAGAGUGGUUUGGUCCAAAAGCUUAUGAGCUGAGGGCCAUGUCCCAAAAUGCCUUGAAGCUGGCUCGCCCUGAUGCUGUAUUCAAGAUUGUUCAUGAUCUUCACGAGCUUGUUAAACAAAGAAGUUUCCUACCCCACUACUCUUGUGCUACUUAACUCAUUUUUGGUACACAUGGCAAAUUAGAUGAUAAUAUUCAUCCAACAAUAAUAUAGUAGUUUAUGUUUAUUCCUGCCCAUAAAAUAUCUGCAUCUGAUAUUUGAUAAAUGCAAAAUUCCGUAUAUCGAGCUUCAGCUUUC